AUGUCAUCAAAUGAAAAUACAUCUUUUAAAGUAAUUGAUCAGGUAUUUAAACAAGUAUUAAACAAUCGAUACUUGAUUAGAUCCAUAUUUGGUCAUAUUAGGAGUAUUCAUAGACAAGUAGUCGCCAACAAACUAUCGGAAUCAUAUGUAUUCAGUAUUGGUUAUCUAGAUAGUUUUAGUCAAGUCUAUGAUCAUAUCGGGUCAAGAUUCUCAAAACAACCAAUCUUUUCAACAGUCGUCAAAGAAAAGGUUGCAUUGUGUAAACUAAAGGGUAAAGAAGAGGAGGAGAAGGAAAAAGUAACAACCAUAACCCUUUCAAAGAGAGCAAAAGCAUUGGCAUUCUUUAACUUUUACGAGAAUGUAAUGGGUCCUCAAGAGUUGUGUCAGAAUCCAAAUAUCGAUUUGGAGACAUUCAAACAACUCAUUCCAUUGGUACGACCAAGAGUAUUCAACCCACUCAAUCGAUCAAUCAUGUAUUGGACCAUAUCUAGUAGAGAUAUCGAAAAAAUAAAGUAUCUAGAAGAACUAGGAUAUAGAAAUCAUUCGAAUCAACCACCCUAUCGACAUUCUUCAUUACCACCACAACUACCUCCACCAUCAUCAUCUACCAACCCAAACCUCUUUAAUCUUCAAUCAUUAUAUACUAGCGAUACUUGGAUGAAUGAUAAUAAUAGUUUGGAACAAGCAAUUGCUCAAGUAAAAAUACAUUGUGAAUCAAUUAUAAAAGAAAGAUAUCAACAAACUGUCGACGACUACUUUCAAUCUCUACUAUUAUCACUAUUCCAACAAUACAACAAAUACCAAUUAAUGAAUAAUCUGGAACCAAUAACUAUACCACAAGACCCAUCAACUUGGUUUACUCAAGAACAGUCGAAUUUAUUAUUUGUACUAUUGGUGAUUAUUGGACUUGACAAGGGUCUCUUUACCAAUGCUAUGCAUCUAGUCAUCAAGAAACUCAUAUUAUUCAACAAUCCAAUCAUUACAACCCAUUUAAUGACCAUGCAACCAGAUAGUACCAACCUUGCCAACAUUAUCAUCAAAUACAGUCUUUUAUUGCCAGUUGACUCGUUUACGAUAGUGUUGAAUCAUUAUUGUACUCGUGAACCUCUUGUAUCUAUACAAAACCUACUUGGCUAUUUCUUUAAAGACUCGUUGUUGCAAGGUGAUUUUGUAUCGGCUAGAACUAUUUUAAUGUGUGGUAAAAUUGCCAUCUCUUCCAUUAGACUAGACCAUUUCCUCAAACCAAUACAUUUGGAUGGAUGUGUAAAGAUUGCUCUUGAAUUCUUUUCUCGCAAAGAGAAUGAAUUUGUAAAUCAAAAGAUGUGGUCUGAUAUUUAUAAAAUGGCAGCACUAACAUCAAGAAAUGAUAUAAUGGAAUCAUUUUUUACAACAAUCGAUACAACCGACAAGAAAAACAAUACUCUUAUUACAGAUAUACUAGGUAAUUGUUUAAAAGGUGGAAAUUAUUCGCUGGCAUUGAGAAUCAAAGAAUUACCAUGUAUCGAUGAUUUGGCAACACUCAACCUUUUUAUGAACUUUUGUUAUGCCAUUCCUACUCUAUGUUCUACUAGAGUCUCUGAUGCAGUUGAUUUUAUAGUCAAUUGGCAACAAAGUUUAAUUACUUGGAAUCAAGUUAUCAUCUCUUCAAUCUAUAAACAAAGAGUUGAUGUAUUAUUAAAAUUAUCUCAAGUUGGCAUUUUAAACAAAGAUAAUCCAUUACAUAUUGGUCAAAUGGUCAUUAGACAUACAGCCUUUUUAUUGGAAUGUUUAGAGGUGUUACCAUCAAAUUGUUUUUCAUCGUCUGGUCCAACACCAAAACAUUGGAAAAUGAUGCUCAAAAAAGCAUACAACAAAAAAGUAUCGGACCAAGUCAUCCAAGUAUUCCAUAAAUAUUUUCAAGUUGUAGAAGAAGGUGGGCUUACAGAGUAUAACUACGAAAAAAUUAAAAGAUUGUUUGUCCUUCAUUUCUAG